UCUGACUUAUUGGGGAUGUCCGUGAACGCAGCACCUGUUGCUCGCUCCUCCUCCGGAUUCUCUUCCACCACCACCACCCGCGUUCCGUCCCUCGCGGCACUCACUCGCCGCAGCGGCAACAUGGCAGCUCCCCGUGUGAUCGUCUACGGGGGACGAGGCGCGCUCGGCUCCAAAUGCGUCCAGCAUUUUAAAUCCAAGGGAUGGUGGGUCGCGAACGUCGACAUGGCUGCGAACGAGGAGGCGAAUGAAAACGUGAUAGUCCAGAUGACAGAGGCGUUCUCGGAACAGGCGGGACAGGUCACAGCUGAUGUUGCACGAGUGCUCGGUGCAGAAAAAGUCGACGCCAUAUUGUGUGUUGCCGGCGGCUGGGCAGGAGGAAGCUGCAGCUCGAAAGAUCUGUACAAAAACAGUGAUCUGAUGUGGAAGCAGAGCGUGUGGACCUCCACCAUCUCCAGCCACCUCGCCGCUCUGCACCUGAAGCCAGGCGGACUUCUGACCUUGGCCGGCGCCAAAGCAGCUCUGUCAGGAACUGGAGGCAUGGUGGGGUACGGCAUGGCCAAGGCUGCGGUCCAUCAGCUCUGUCAGAGUCUGGCUGCUAAGAACAGCGGGAUGCCAGCUGGAGCGGCGGCGGUGGCCAUUUUACCCGUUACCUUGGAUACGCCCAUGAACAGGAAGUUCAUGCCUGAUGCGGAUUUCGGCUCCUGGACACCGCUGGACUUCAUUGCCGACCUGUUCCUCACCUGGGCUGAGGGAUCCAACCGGCCCGCCUCCGGGAGUCUGAUGCAGUUGCUGACCUCUGGUGGUGAGACGCAGGUGGUGGCGGCACCCUAGACCAUCUGUGGAAGAAGAAGAAGAAAAGGAGGAGAGGAAGCUCAGCCCACAGGAGAAGAAGCACUGGCUCACAGAGCCACCUAGCUGCAGUCACUGCCACUACAACUCUGUCCUGUCUUUCAGUGUGAGAACUCAUUGAGGGUCUUUCAUGGUCGCCUCUGAAUUGUGUUGUCUUCUGGGUGUUCUCAGUGCUUCACUCACACUCGCACACACACUGUCAGACCUGGUGUUCUUCUGCGACCGUGUCACCUCAGUCCACCUUUGCUCUUGACAGUGGAUGUCACAUCCUGGAGGCCUUUGCAGCGUGUGAGCGCGUGCCAGUGAUGCGUGCUGUGGUCGUUCUGCUGCGUCCUGUGUUGUUGUGUGUCAAUAAAACUGAGAGCCAUGUGGGACUCUGUUUUUGAUUCUCAA